AUGAUGGCCGGGCGUGAUUCCUCAGUUCGUGAGGCCAAAGUCUUCAUCAAGGAAGUUGUCCGCAAUGAUUGGGAUUUUGAAGCCGGUGUGCCCUCCCCAUCGUCCGCCGACGGAACCCUGUGCCACAACCGCGAAGUGACCGAAUGGCGCGUUCGAGAAUUCGACACCCCCACCUCGGAACUUGAACCACAGAGCUCAGAUAGCGAAGCCGAAUACGGACAGUCAGCUACAGUGACCUCCACACCUGGAGAUGCCGGUGUCGAGCGGCGUCGCAAGCGUCGUCAACAGAUGGACGACGAAAUGGCAUGGAACGAAGGACUACGCGUAUGGAUGGCUAGACGCGAUGCGUGGUGUGGAGCGAAGACACGGCGUCAGAUUCGGGCUGAAGAAGCGAAGCGCGCGCUGGCUGGUGCGCAUUCAGACUCAACAGAUCAAUCCGAUGGCGUGGGGUUAGGAGAAAAUAAUGCGACUUCGUCUGGUCAGGGAAAUGAGGGUAUUGGCGCCUCUGAUCUGGCAGCCCGGACCGAGACGUCACUUGCAGUCGCAGAUCGGGAGAAAAGUGAGGAGCUCCAGCAUCGAGUGGAUCUGACUUCGGGACAGCAAGAGGAUCAGGAGGAAGGGUUGUCUACCGCACCAGAGGAGGGAGCUAAGAGGAAGGCAUCGUCAGAGACCAACAUCACAGUCCCCGAUCAGAAAUUUGCGGCAGUCGUGCCUACCCAGCCAACCUUGCCGGCUGUGGAAGAUCAAACAGAAGAGGAGAAGGAGGAAGAAGAGCUUGAUGAGCCACUUUGCCCUGUUGCUCCUCCUUUCAUUUCCAAUGACAACCCAGUUCGCGCCACCAUUAAUCCCGCAAUCUAUCCUUCAAUUUACACCAAGGUUGUCGUGCAAGGCAUGACCCCUACCGUCCCCGUCAACCUCGCCCAUUUGACCAAAGCCAUGGUUCAAGGCUGGAAAGCUGACGGACAGUGGCCGCCAAAGCCAGCCGUCACUUCUAUUGUUCUGGCUGAUGAUGCCUCUGUGCCUAAGAAAAACGCAGAUCGUUCUCCCGAGGAGGCGCCGCAGGGCAGGAGGAAGAACAGCAUUACCAAUGCUGUGAAGAAAGUUUUCCAUUUUGGAUCGCAUCCCUUCCAUCGCCGCGCCAGCCAGGAUACCGGGAAUGGAGGUGCUACUGGCCCAACGAGCUAA